GAGAGAGAGGGGCACACGCCGAGAGUCCACACGUAAUCCCAUCAUCCCCUCCAUCCAUUCCCGCUUUUACCCCCCUGUACUUGCCGCAUUUCACAGGCCAGGACGGACUGCUGGAGCUGGACCAGGGGAGUCCCACGGGCUACGGCGCCGAAUUAUUGCCCGUUUCGAGGCCUCGAGCGCCAAAAGGGCCGUGCUGCUGCUACGCCCACGCGCAGCCGCCGUGCCAACGCGUGCGCUCCGCUCCGCUCUGCUCCCCCCUGCGCCUCGCCGCGUCGGGGCAGGGGGUGGGGUGUGGCUGUGGGGACGCGGCAGCGGCUCUCUUGAGCGAUGAGGCCGCCGGAAGCGGCGCUCGCCGCGGCCCUGGUGGCGGUGGCGGUGGCGGCGCUGCUGGGCGGGGCGGCGGCGGCGUUCCCGGCGGCGCUGACGCUGGAGCGCGCGCUGCCGCACAGGGGGGUGCCCGCGGAGCACCUGAGGGAGCGGGACAGGGCAAGGCACAAAGGGAGGGGGCUGCUCGGGGGCGGGCCCGCGGUCGCCGGCGUCGUCGACUUCCCCGUCGAAGGCUCCGCCAACCCCUACAUGGUCGGGCUCUAUUUUACACGUGUAAAAUUAGGAAACCCUGCGAAGGAAUACUUUGUCCAAAUUGACACUGGCAGUGAUAUCUUGUGGGUUGCUUGCAGCCCUUGCACAGGUUGCCCAACAUCAAGUGGGCUCAAUAUCCAAUUGGAAUUCUUCAACCCUGAUUCUUCGUCAACAUCAUCCAGGAUACCAUGCUCAGAUGAUCGGUGUACAGCUGCCCUCCAGACAGGGGAAGCACUCUGCCAACCCUCGGACUCCCCAAGCAGCCCAUGCGGUUACACUUUCACGUAUGGCGAUGGAAGUGGCACGUCAGGAUACUAUGUGUCUGACACUAUGUAUUUCGACACUGUCAUGGGGAAUGAGCAGACUGCCAAUUCUUCUGCUUCCGUCGUUUUCGGAUGUAGCAACUCACAGUCAGGUGACCUGAUGAAGACAGAUAGGGCAGUUGAUGGAAUUUUUGGGUUUGGACAGCAUGAGCUGUCUGUCAUUUCACAACUGUACUCUCUUGGUGUAUCCCCUAAAACAUUCUCCCAUUGCCUGAAAGGUUCAGAUAAUGGUGGUGGUAUUCUUGUCCUUGGUGAAAUCGUCGAACCAGGAUUAGUAUUUACUCCACUUGUUCCAUCACAGCCUCAUUAUAACUUGAUUCUGGAAAGCAUUGCUGUUAGUGGUCAAAAGCUACCCAUUGAUACUUCCUUGUUUGCAACAUCAAAUACACAAGGAACAAUUGUGGAUUCAGGAACGACAUUAGUAUACCUUGUCGAUGGUGCCUAUGAUCCAUUUAUUAGCGCGAUAGCUGCUGCAGUCUCUCCAUCUGUACGCUCUGUUGUCAGCAAGGGGACACAAUGUUUUAUUACAAGCGGCAGUGUUGAUUCGUCAUUUCCUACGGCAACACUGUAUUUUAAAGGUGGCGCUGCAAUGACAGUGAAGCCAGAGAACUAUCUUCUGCAGCAGGGUACCAGUGACAAUACUGUAUUGUGGUGCAUUGGCUGGCAAAGAAGCCAGGGAAUCACUAUACUUGGAGAUCUUGUUUUGAAGGAUAAGAUAUUCGUGUAUGACUUGGGAAACAUGCGCAUGGGCUGGGCGGACUACGACUGUUCGUUGUCGGUCAAUGUCACCUCUUCGUCGGGGAAGAACCAGUACGUGAACACGGGGCAGUUCGACGUGAACGGGUCACCACGACACUACAGCGGCCUGGUGCCUACCGGUGUCGCCGUCGCCCUUGUGCAUAUGCUCAUUUUUGGCUCCCUAUUUAGUAGAUAGCACACUGGCUGACUGACCUGACACUGUGAUCCCACCACACCCAUUCUUUACUUAGUGAACGGGGUCGAUGCCGUUGUCGCUGCGCCCCUUCCUUCCCAUGGCACAAGCAUUCUUGCUGUACAUAAAUUACAGGGAGAAAGAUAAGAAGAAAAAAGUAAAAAAAUGGUUUAUCGUUCA